UCCGCCGCCGACUGGCAGAAAGCAAGAUGGCGGCCGUCUGUUUGCGGAUACCUCUGCGGUAGAUAUAAAUACGCGUGAAAAAGAGAGAAAAACACAGUGCCGAGAAGCGGGUUACGGACGAUCGGGCGGUCGGUGACGAUCGGUGAUUGUACGCGCAUCCGUCGACGCCGGUCGACGUCGCACGCGUCGCGAGUUCAAGUGUGACGGAAACGCUGCCGUCGUCCCCUCGUCUCGUCGUGAUAUCUGUGCGGAAGCGAAGCGGCGCGAAAGCUCACGGUGCGGCUUUUUCAUAUCGUGUCUCGGCGCCACGAAAGCGCUCCCGGGUGCGAACGGGUGCCCACCUGAGGAAUGCCAGAUCGUCCCCCGCGGACCCCCCGGCAAGUUGGAUCGGCAGCAGCGCAGCGUGCGGCGGCCAGCGACGAGGAGGAACCGUGAGAGAAGAAGAGGGAAGAAAAAAAGGAAAAAAGGAACGACCUUGCGCCGACGUCGGUACCCGGAGUACACUCGUGGGGAUUCCCUCGCGGAGGUAAUCGCGGUCGUUCCUCUCCCCGUGACGUAUGUGUGUCGCGGAGGUCCGCCAGACGGGUCGGUCGUCGCGAGUGUUAUCGUCGUCUAAAUUAUCUACCACGUUCCCUUUAUCGUGGUCGAUACCGUGUCGCAAGUGCCGUCAGUGGUCUCGAUGCGCUGUCGCCCUCCUUUGGAGGACCAUCCCUUUUGGACAAGCGAGAUCAGCUGCUACUGCUGCUUCUAUUGCUGCUGGGACUACUAGCCCGGCAGCUCCCUGCGUGGAUAUCCUUCUGUUGGAGCGGUGGGGCAAGGAGGCGCCGGAAGCAGCCGCGAGUCCGGAAGCAUAGCGAAGAAGAUGGCCUUCAACGAGAAGGUGGACCCUGAGCUGAUAUUUACGAAACAAGAACGGAUCGGGAAGGGUAGCUUCGGCGAGGUCUUCAAAGGUAUCGACAACAGGACCCAGCAGGUCGUGGCCAUCAAGAUCAUCGACCUUGAGGAGGCGGAAGAUGAGAUCGAGGACAUCCAGCAGGAGAUAAUGGUGCUGUCGCAAUGCGACAGUCCAUACGUCACCAAGUAUUAUGGUUCUUACCUCAAGGGUACGAAGCUAUGGAUCAUCAUGGAGUACCUGGGUGGCGGCUCGGCCCUGGACUUGAUGAAGGCCGGUAGCUUCGAAGAGAUGCACAUCGCCGUGAUAUUACGCGAGGUGCUCAAAGGGCUGGAUUAUCUGCACAGCGAGCGUAAGCUCCAUCGAGAUAUUAAAGCGGCGAACGUCUUACUGAGUGAAAUGGGCGACGUCAAGUUGGCCGACUUCGGCGUGGCCGGCCAGUUGACGAACACCACGAGCAAACGGAACACCUUCGUCGGUACGCCGUUCUGGAUGGCACCCGAGGUCAUUAAGCAGUCCGCUUAUGAUUCCAAGGCUGACAUUUGGUCCCUGGGCAUCACGGCGAUCGAACUCGCGAAAGGGGAACCGCCUAACAGCGAACUGCAUCCCAUGAGGGUCCUCUUCCUAAUACCCAAGAACAAUCCGCCGCAGUUGACAGGGAAUUACACGAAACAGUUCAAGGAAUUCGUCGAGGCUUGCCUUAACAAAGACCCCGAGAACAGGCCAACGGCGAAGGAGUUGCUGAAGUUCCAGUUUAUCCGAAAAGCGAAGAAGAACUCGUACCUAAUCGACCUGAUCGACAGGUACAAAAAGUGGAAGUCGCAGCGCAGCGAGGAGUCGGAGACCGAGAGUGAGAAUUCGGACUCGGAGGAAUCCAAGCAGGACAGCGACAUGGACGAGCCGUGGAUAAUGACGGUGAAAGGCCCGCACGGGGUCAAAGGAUCCGUGAUGCCUAUGCUGCCGCUGGACGAGCAGCCGACAUCCUUGACCCUAACACACACGAAUCACAGGUCCUCCAAUCACAGUCAGGCGGGUAAGCCGCACGCGAACGGCGCCUCGCGAUCGCCGCCGAAGGAUUCCACGCUGAAUCACUACAGAAGCGAGUCCCGAGAUUCAUUGCGCGAUGGCCAAACGAAACCGUCCCGACCACACGAGGCCGCGCCUCCACCACCGGUGGAUACGAGAGAGAAGCGAGACGACCGAGACUAUCGUGACUCCAGCCGGGAGUCCACGCUUAGAGAACCGAAAGAAAUCCGUGACGGCCGCGAAAGAGACAGGGACGUCCGGGAGCGAGAACGGGACGGUAGAGGCAGGGACUUCAAUACACGGGAGAAGAGGAGAAACAGCAAACCGGAAGUGCCCGUCGUCUCGAUGGUCGAUCACAGACCCAGCGAGGACAAGCAGAGGCCGAGGAGCUCGCAAGAGCUCAAGCAUCCACGGAGCGUCGCUCUAUCCGGCGUCGUUCUGCCUCUACUCUCCGAGCUUCAACGAAAGCACCAAUAUUCGUCGAGAGACAAUAACGGCGAAGGCGGCAGCGGCAUCGGUAAGAACGGCGGCGCUAUAGAGGAGCUGCGCGGCGCUUUCGAGUCGGCGGAACGCACGUCGCCGGGAAUGACGGAGUCGCUUAUUCGCGAACUGUUCAAAUCUCUGCUUCCGCCCAGUCACUCGGAAGGCCGUCUGUCUAUGCUGAUGGAGAAGGUUAUCUUGAGCCCUCUCAACUUCUUCAUUGGACGCGAAGCGCUUUCCAGAAACAAAUUUCUUCAGGUUUGGGAAGAGAUGGAAGUCCGAGGGUGCCAAAUCAGGAGAAUAGGGGGGAUGGCCGAGCAAAUCGUACCUCAAAUCCUGCAGUUUUCCCAUUGCCAACACACUUUUGUGCGCAGGGAUACGUAGGGACGCGAGAGGGCGAAGGUCCGCAAGAAAUUGUGGUCCCAAAACAUCCUGACGUUGUAAAACCAUUCGUUAUUUCUCUCGAUUAUCAACUUACCAAUCAGCACGAGCCGAGCGUCAUCGUCGAUUCGAGUGGCGAUUCCGAACGUGAAGGGAGCGCAUUCGUCACUCCCCCUGUCCCCUUUAUCCUACUUCUUCCCCGCAAUCCUCGCCGUAUAACCCGCUGAUCUAUGGAGACCAUGUUACAACGAAGUCCAUCGAAAUUCUACGAAGUAGUCUAUUGAACUGCCCCCCCCCCCCCCCCCCCCCCCCCC